AUGUCAUGGAGAAACGAUAUUAAAGUCGUUGUAGCAAUUGAGUUUGGAACAAAAUAUUCACAUAAAUUAAAUCCCGAAAUAAUAACCAACUAUAAUUGGCCUGAACAAUUAGGUGCUUUAAGAACAAAUACUGCUUUAAAAUAUGAUGAAAAAUAUGAAAAUGUAUUAGAAUGGGGUUAUCCGGCAUUGGGUAAAAAAUUUCAACGAAAAGGUCGUUACGGCAGGAACAAGAAUUUUUCUAAUGAACCUGUUGAAUUAUUUAAACUUCAUUUGAGCGCAAUGCCUGAUUCAGAAAAACCUCCGUUGCCUAAAUUAUUGAAUUAUAAAAAAGCGAUUACAGAUUUUUUAAGAGAAAUUGUACCUGAAGAAUAUCCUAUAAAAUCAUUAGGAAUAUUAAGAGAAUGUACAUAUAAUGCUGCAUUAAUUAGUUAUUUGACUUCAGAAAAAUUACAAUUUAUUACUGAACUUGAAGCAGCUGCAAUACAUUGUAUGCAAGUAUCAAGAGAACAUUUUGGAACAUCUAAAGGUAGUGAAGUCACUGAACAAACUGGUGAUCUUUGUGGAAGUAAUUAUGUGGAUAAAGAAUUUAUUAAACUUUUGAAACGUGUUGCGGGUGACGAAGCAAUAAAAAUAUUUGAACAACAACAUUAUGGUCAAAUGCAAUAUUUGAUGCAGGAAUUUUCUAAGAGAUUAAAAUUUUAUUUUUCUGGAUUCAAAAAAGAUUUUAACCUCUAUGAACUCGAUCUUGAAGAUGUCUGUCCUGCGAUUAAACAGUGUGACUUUAGUGAAUCAAGAUAUCUCCAAAUGAGAGUUCGUGAAGAAUUUGUAGAUAAAGUAAAAAGCAUUGCUGUUCCUAAACAACCUCAAGCAGCAAUUGUACGUGGUGCACUUGAAUAUGGGCUUCAAAAACUCGAGGGGUAG